GGACAUUAAUUCUAGCGGUCGAACAAUCCUAUUACACCCGUGUGACUAUUUUUGGUCAGCAAGGAAUGUAAUCGGCUUAUAAUAACUCAGUAGACGUUGUUAUUUCUGACAAGCGCAUUGAUUAUUAUAAAACCAUUGGUAGACCGUGUACUGAAUUACACUUUAACGAGAAACAGAUGGUCGUAAGAUAACGUUAAAACACCAGUGUCUGAAAUAUUUUAUGAAUGAAAACAUUCGCGUUAAAACAACGUUCAUCUCGACAUAUCAAGAUCACAUACUCAAGGAAUAUCGACAAGGUCAUAGAGCUUCGAGUAACUCCACGACAAGGUAAAAUGAAGCUCUUCUGUGUGUUAUUACCAUUUUUCUUCUUAAACGUUUUGGCAGAAAGUUCUGACUCCUCGUAUACAAGUACGGUGUCCAUUACAAACAAACACAUCCACAUAGCUUCUAACUAUAAGGAUGCUUUAGGAAAAAAUGGAUUGGAGUGUGUAAUUGAACAAAUCGUUAAAGACAACAUGUUUUCAGUGAACAAUGACCUGAUUAUUUUGAUCGCUGUACCGGAAUAUGCGCUCACUGACAGCGAAGAGAAUCUAAAUGCAUCCAUAAAACGAGAUAAAUCUAUACAAGAAAAAAUAAGCAAAAAAAUAGCUAAAACACCUGUGCCUAAAGAUUCAGACGAAACUAAAACACCUGUGCCUGAAGAUUCAAACGAAAUUAAAAUUCCUGUGCCUGAAGAUUCAGACGAAAGUAAUUACAAAUUUAUUCAAUAG